AUGGACCAAAAUCAUGGUCAUCGCGCACCCACUGAUCCUCUUGACGAAACACCACGGUCUUUGUCGCCUUUUGAUUAUGGCCUGAAUAUUCUUUCGCAGUCCAUCGAUGCAACUGGAGAGACUAUUGAAUCAUUCUUUCAGGGACAAAUGGCUUAUGAAGCUGAAAAUGAGGGACUGUCCAUCAAUAUCCCUUUGGCAUCUAACUACAGAGAUUCCAUCAAUAGCGCUUCUCACGCCCCUUACUGGGACGAAGGAAAUGCAUAUAUUAAGGGAUUCAUUAAGAAACUACAGACGUUUGGGAAUCUCGAAUAUUCCGUCAAUGAUGCAGGAGAAGAGGAGGUGUCUCGCCAAGAGGGGCCUCCAACGCACGAUGAAUCUCGCAACUCGACGCAGACCAAAUGGCUUCAUUUGCAAAGUGCCGCGAUGGAUCUUGAUGUCUUACACCAAUUCGUUAUGGAGUGUCACUUGAUUGGCGACGAUGUCAAAACUGUUACGAUAGAACUCGUCAAAAGAGCCGGGAAAAAAUAUCUACGACAUUCUGAAACAGGACCCUACAUUGAACCUGGGUCUGUUCUGAGAGGCAUCGGCAAUUAUUCUCAGCAAAACUUGCUUUCGCAACAGGCUCGCCCAACCGUUCCGGUUGUUUUUGUUGCCUCACCCUAUUUGAGGUUACGUCCUUUGAAAGGGCACCAAAAUGGGGAAAAUCGCGGCGACCAUCAUCCCCGGACACUUCUACAGAACCUCUACGGGUUCGAUGUUACUCCAAACCGCGAUAAGACUCAAAUUGUUCGCAAGAUUGGGAAUGGUUCACAACUGAACAAUGCACUGCACGUGAACCAAAUGUGGUGCCUUCUGAUUGGUCCUACCCUUCUGAUCACCAUGUCAGACCAUACAACUCAGGAACUCUUGGACGGAACGAUUGGAGAGCGAAGUCUGGGACAUGAACCGCCAAUCAAGAUUAAGAUCAUUGACGAUAAGCAAAAACAUCAUGAUAUUGCUGUAUCAUCAAGCAUUACAUGGGUUGAUCUUUUCAAAAUUACGAUGGAUGCCGUUCAGAAAAAGAGAUCUGAUUUUCUCAAUUAUGAUCUGCGCGAUGAGAACAAAGUCAUCAUCACUGCCGAACGAUGGAUUAAGAUUGCGAGCUCACGGAACAUGCGAAAAUCACCAUUUUAUACAAUUUAUCUUACCCUAAGACCAACGAAUGCAGAUCCGAGUAAAGAUCGGCUCUUUUUGGAGUACAGAAGAUAUGAUGCUUCCAGUAUAUUGGACGAAAUGCCAACAAAGCACCGACGCACCGACGCAUCCUCUAGACUGGUGGGAUCUUCUAAGAAGAAGUCCUCUAAACACGAAUCAGCAGACCAGCUCACCUCCAACACCGCUUCCGCUCCACUCUUUCUGUAUCAAGAUGGUACUGGUUUUAUUGUGUCUUCUCCAGAUCCGCAAGAUCCCGAUGAGCUGUACGACACUGAUACAUACCCUUUGGGUAUUAUCCCGCAAUCACACGGAAGUGAAUUGGUUGAAGGCACAAACACAACAAGGCCACUAGGAAUUAACAACUCUCCAAAUGACAGAGAUGCACCGGAGGCUUCUUCCACUGGUAAUUUCACCAACUUCAAUGAUGAUAUUGCAGGUAACAUGACAGACAUUGACGGAACCAUUGAUCUCCCUGAGACGAAUAAACACAAGAUAAAUUACAAAAGAAUACGACACAAGAAGAUGCAGCCUGGUGCAGAAAUAUCCGUUGAAACUUACUCUUCUGUCCAGGAAGAUGACCCCAAUGCAAGUAACGAUUUGUUUUUAAAACAACUAUUCAUCCAUAAGCAACGUCAAAGUCAAAGUCAAGGAUCAAUUCCUUCCUUUGCGUCAGGCGCGAAUGCGGAAUCGUUUAGCUCUCGGCGUGACAGUUUGAGAGCUUACCACACGCACCAACACACCGACUCCCAAUAUCGCUUACCGUCACCUAUUAUCACCAAUCUCAACUCGGAAUAUCCUCGAAAACCGAGUAUUGUGGAAAAUGACAAAAAUAGGGACCGAAGACAUGCAUUGAAAGCUAAGACGCAUCUCAUUCCCACCAUCGGAAGCGAGAUGCCUCCACCGAACAGACACCAGUUACUUCCACCACAAGCGGCUUGGCCAACGACAGAUACCCUACGGCUAAGCUCAUUGCGAAGCGCCAAAGAGGCAGACAUGAUCAAGCUUCUUGAUGAAGCCGACGAAGCAAUUUCUAACAGCCAAGUAGGCAUGUAUUACUAUGUCAAAGUCCCAGAGCUUACAGAGGAGGAAUUUCUCUCUCGACAAGAUAUUCCGAGUGGAGGCUUACAAGAAGACGAUCUCACUAUCGCAAAAGAGAGUCUUACUCAUCGAAAUGGUGGCCCGAUGACCGCUGAUAUCACAGUGAAAGACAACAAUCUGCCGAAUAGCGUAUCUACAGUUGAUCACGCCAGCGAAAACGCCCACUUGAAAAUGGAGGGGGUUAAGAAGAGCAACACUGAUUCAGAAAUAACGCUGCCUGCUAUUGGACAAGACGAUGUCGCUAUGAAGCAGGCACAAUCGUUGGGCAUUUUGAGCCCUGAUAAAGAGUUGAUGGAACAGCUCGUCAUAGUCAGCCGGCAGAUUCUGUGGUCAUUUUUGCCAAAGACGGGAAGCUCAACAGUGCACAAGCUUUUGAAACGGUUUUGGGGUUGCAUGGAUAUAAUUCGCAGACAACUCAUCUGGGAAGAGAGCGAACGUGAGCCUCACGAUGUACCAACAUAUAUCAUUCGCGACUUUUCUGUGAUCCUUCAAAGAACAGGCAGAAGCCAAUCUCCAAACUCUCAAAAGACGCUCUUGGCCAAAUGCGGAGAUUGUAAGGGAGGGAAGCACUACUCGUCGGCAGAAGAGGCACUGAAACAUUUCCACGAUGAGCAUUUCGAUUGUCACCACAGAGGGAACAGGCCGUACGACGAUCCAUGUUACUCAUGGCUGCAUCGUAUUUGGCACUCACAUUAUCCUGUGCGAAAUGAGCGAAAUGAUCUGCUUCGCAACGUACAAGAGUUUGAAAGAGAGCUCUCCGAGCUGGCACUUCACAUGAAUGAGCUACAUGCUAUGGUGACAUCCAAGGAAGAUUACUCAAUGGGUGAUCUAGCGAUAAGACCACCGUUACCGAAACAUAUCUUUUACGCUUUCCAAAAGAUUGUUCAGGUAUUUAUCCUCCGAUCAAAGAGACUAUCUUUGAUGACGAGAAUAAAGACAUCCUCGGGAAUUGACCAAUCAAGGAUUUCGGAUAAAAUCAACGAGCUGCAGCGAUUUGAGGAGACUGCAAAAGACCGGAUGUUAGAUCGAUUGGAUCAUGCUAAGAGAGACAUAUUCCUGUCCGGCAAUACGUCUAGUGACAUCGAAAGACCCCAACCUCAGGCCGUUGGAGCUGAGUUCUUGGCCUUGGCUUUAAUUUGCAAGAGUCACAACUUACUCUUCGAGGUCAAGACCUCAAACUCACGCCCCAACGACAAUACUCUCGAGGUGUAUAAAGACUAUGCUUCAGAGCUUCAUUACCAGGCCAAUCAGCGACCCCAAAAGCGAGUCUUUCUAGACAUUCGCGAUCUUGAAGAAGAACUCGAUGCUUUACACACUUUGCUAAGCCACCAAAAAGAGUGCCUGCAUAAAUUUGCAAAGUCCAUUUCGCCUGAUACCCUCCGUCUUACUACCAUGACAAGAGUCGCGCAGAAUCGCGCCGAAAAGGCGUACCAAGACAACCACACACGACAGCUCGACAGGCGAAUACAAGAAGUACAGAACAUGAAGACACGGUCGAGAUUUUUAAAAGAACAGGUGAAACAGGACAUUGAAAUAAUGGAAGAGGAUCAUAGAAAAGCCAUCAGAGUCUUUACGAUUGUAACGCUUUUCUUCCUACCUCUGUCUUUUGUCUCGAGCUUCAUGGGUAUGAACACAGCCGAUGUGAGAAAUAUGCAUUAUAAGCAAGGGCUAUUCUGGGCAACGGGAAUACCAGUUACCCUCUUCGUGCUGACACUGGCCUGCAUCUACGGGUACAAAGGGGAUGAGAUCCACGGCUGGGCGAUGCAGCUAUCACUUUGUCCAAAAAACAAAAAACUUCGGCUGCCAGUGGACAGGGGAGACGAAUUAGGAGAGGAUUACUGCAACGUGUGCGAUGUGACCUGUCUCCCUAGCACCAAGAAGCCUCGACGAGCUGCACGCCAAAAAAGGCUCAAGUCAAAACUGGCGCAUGGUGAUGAGGGCAGCGAUGGGAGCAAAGAACAGGGAGACGAUAUUGUGCCUUUAGCACGAAAAGAGACGCUAAAUAGCUUGACUCUUUUGAAGCAAAUCAGUGGGAGUGAAGAGGUGUAGGUGACGUGGUUCGCCGCGACUAGCAGAACUGAUGAUUUACCGAUAUCCUCUGCUGUGAUUCGACAUGUUUCUUUUUAGCUUGUCCAUAGUCCAUAAUACAAUUGCUUGGCUAAUAGAUU